AUCCACCAAUUGGAAUUUACGUUUGCUUUGUAGUCAGGCAGACAUGACAUAUUUGUCCAAUCACAAAACAAAUCUGAAAGGGGAUUUUUGCUGUAUCUUUGGCUCAGAGGCCUCAGGGUGUGUUUGCCACCACUGUGUGAGCAAACAAUGACGGAGGACAGGCUGAAGGCGGACCCCUCCAAGCGGGAGGGGCUGGACUCAGUAGAGGGAGACACAGAGCCCAGCCUGCUGCUGCAGAAACUAAAGAGCAACAUCUCUAAGAAUGUACAGGGCAAAGUGGACGUUAUCCUGCAAGAUGUGCAGCGCUUCUCUGACAACGACAAACUCUACCUUUACCUCCAGCUGCCUUCUGGCCCCAGUUCAGGGGAGAAAAGUCUGGCAAUGGCCCCGCUGGCACAACUUAGGCGGUGGUGUAUUUCUGCAUCGAUGUCAGCUUUGGAGGAGAGAACACUGCCAAGCAGCAGCAGUGACCCCAGCUCCUUCAACACAGCUGACCAGCUGCACACCUGCAACUGGAUCCGCAGCCACCUGGAGGAGCACGCAGACACCUGCCUGCCCAAGCAAGACGUCUACGAGACAUACAAGAGAUACUGUGAAAACCUGCAACACAGGCCUCUGAGUGCUGCCAACUUUGGGAAGAUCAUCCGUGACAUCUUCCCCAACAUCAAAGCCCGGAGGCUUGGUGGCAGGGGACAGUCCAAGUAUUGUUAUAGUGGAAUCCGCAGGAAGACGGUGCUAAACAUGCCACUGUUGCCAAACCUGGACCUGAAAAACGACCCGUCGGAGCUGACGGAGCUGGUGCAGACCUACAAGCAAGAGGUGACGGAGGCGGCUUGUGAGCUCAUCUGUGAUUGGGCCCAGAAGAUCCUCAAGCGUUCCUUUGACACAGUAGUCGAGAUCGCCCGUUUUCUUGUGCAGGAGCACAUCGUCAACCCGCGCUGCAGCCAGGCUGAACUUGUCACUUCUGCCGCUAUGGCAGGAGGUCCUGCAAAGCCCCACAAGGUGAUCAAGAAGAACCCAGUACCAUCCAAAGGAGGUGGACCAGAGACGGAAGGGAGCGCCUCUGAAGCUAAGGUAAGGGAUAAAGACGUUGGGGAUCAGUCGUUGCCAGGGAAACUGCAGUCCAGUGACAAGCCUAUGAAAGGGGCGGAGUCGGUACGCCCGGGGGGUCGCGAAUUGCAGGUGGAGGCUCUGAUGAAACACUUGCCCCGAAUCCUGCCUCGCAGCUCUGUCCCGGAAAAGUCCCAGCUUUCGGUGCGCUCCUCGCCUCCCUCGCUGGCGCCCAAAGACGCAGGCGGCAUGAAAGUCAUCACAAUGACUGCCCUGCCCCAGCAGCAAGGGGGCGCUCUCCCCGUCAUGAUCCUCCCCCAGAGCGUCAGCCUCUCCUACCCCGACAGGGAAAAAGCCCCGUCAAUCACCAUGGCGCCCGUGGCACCAACGUCGGUGGUGCAGAGGGCUCGCGCAGUGGGCAAACGGGCCCCCGAGGCAGCAAGUGGGGGCCCCGGGCCAGGAGGCACGCCGGCCAAACGGAAACGAGGACGACCCAGGAAGCCACGGCCAGAGGACAUCACCCCCCCGCAGCCGCCCCCUCCACCCUUACCCUCGGUCAACCAAGCCCCUAUUAUGAAUUCCCUCACCGGAGGGGUGAUCCAGAAAGCCUGCUCUUCCUCCUCCUCCCAGGUGGUGGAGGUCGUAUUCCAGGACCAGCAGGCCUUGGUACUAGGUCAGCUGCAUUCGGUAGCGGACACAGGUGACCCAGAGCACCGGGGCGUGGUGCUCGAGACUGACCCACGGCCCGUGCUGCUGCUGUCAGGGGCCAGUCACACAAACUGGGACAUGGGCAGGGCCAUGGUAGAGGUCAUCCAGAGGGCCCCGAGACCACCCACCAUCAUCACCAAGAACAACAACAACUCCCAGUCUACCCCCCAGCACCGCCUGCCCCUGCCCACUGUGCUGGAGGAUCGAGGGGAGGUGGAGAUCACCCUCACCCCCGUGGAGCCUUCGGACGAUCUGCCGACCCCCACUGGCCAGGCUAGCUCGACCCCCACUGCCCAGGCUAGCUCGGAAGGUGGCCCCACACCCGAUGACAGCUCUAAAGAACCUAGCCCUGGCCUUCCUUGUCCCAGAGACUAAGGAGCACUAAGGGACUUUAAACUACCCUCAGGGGGAGGAUAACCACCCCCAAUCAUCUUCUCCCAGGUAGCGUCUUCUCCCCGAUUGGUGGAAAUCCAAGAUUGGCAGCGCAGAGAGCCAAGAAGGAUCGAUGAAGCCUAAACACUAUUAAUCCCUGUUGACCUUCCGUUUAUAACUCUUUGCUGUGACUCUAACUGCAUGUUUGUCUUUGUAAUUGUGAGCAGAGAGAGCGAUAAAGGCGGUUCCAUAGUUCUGAUGACGAGGGGGGGGGUAUUUACGGGUUCGGACCUUUUAAGGUUUUAAGUGCUACUCUCCCUGAGAGGAACUCCCCUCAGUGUUUAUUUUAUUUUAAUGAUAUACAGUUGAAAUUGGAAGUUUACAAACACCUUAGCCAAAUACAUUUAAACUCAGUUUUUCAUCAUUCCUGGCAUGUAAUCCUAGUAAAACUUCCCAGUCUUU